UUGCUCCGAGUUGACCUUGUUUUCAGCAGUGCCGUGUUUGUCUCAUAUCUGACACAGCAGAUUCAGUGUUAACAGUUGACAGAAUCUGUGGGUUUUUAUGGAGACGCGGACUACGUACAAUAACGACACUGUCGCUGUUUUGCGACACACGUGCUAUGGAGCAGGAUUUCGUGACACAGACACCAACGCCUCAAAACGUUUCAGAGACGCGGACGCGAACGUCUCGAGGGAUACCUCGUGUGAUUCGAUCUCCACCAGAAAUAUCCAUUCUCCCUUUAGCGACACUCAGGUUUGAGCAGUUGCAUACGCUCAUGGUCGCUUCUGCGACUUAAAUUGUUGUUUGCAGCCCGCAGCUCUUCAAGUUCUUUUCUUCGACAGUUUCCGCGCUGUAGUAAGAUGGCUUUACCAUUGCGUGUUUCGGCCACGGUGUUCGUGGUCUUCGCUGUCUUUGGUGUAGCUCGCGCCAUGAACGGUCCUUUGAGUUAUCAUCCAAGCAGUUACGGAGCGUCGUAUCCGAAUCCGAGUAAUCCUCUGCAUGGAAUGCCCAAGCCAGAGAACCCGGUGAGACCGCCUCCUCCCGGUUUCCAUCCAAGCGUUAUUCCCAAUCCCCCGUACCCGCUGGGCACUCCAGCGGGCAUGCCACAGCCAGAGGUUCCGCCACUUCAGCAUCCCCCGCCAACGGGUUCCCCUCCCGCGGCAGCUCCCCAGCCUCCAUAUCCAGUGGGUACUCCAGGAAUGCCACAGCCAGAGAUACCGCCUGUUCAUCGGCCGCCGCCUCCGGGUUUCCGUCCCGAAGUGGCUCCCGUGCCCCCGUAUCCAGUGGGCACUCCAACGGGCAUGCCCCAGCCGGAGAUACCGGCAGUUCACCAUCCGUUCCCCUACGUUACGACAACCACGACAGCUGCUCCUCGUGUGCUGGUUUAUAAGAUUCCCUAUGGAGGCGCUGCGCCCCCCCGUGCUCCUCCAGUGCCACCCCGUAUGGGCCCGAGUGAUAUCAGCACUCACGUGCGGGGUGCAAUCCGGCGUCAACCCGCUACCGCCACCACAACCACUACUACCCGCAAUGUACUACUCAGGACAGCGAUACUGGCUGCAGCGGCAGCAACCUUGAUAGCCCUGUUCAGACAAAGACCUUUGUUCACGGAGGGGGUACGGAUGUUUCCAGAUUUCCAAUACAGAUUCACCGUCCAAACGACGCAGAAUUAAAUUUCCGGUUUACGAAUUCAGAAGUCACUUAUACAGUGGGUACACGACCUUCGUGUCGUCCACACCUUGUUUCCGUUCCGGUCACAGGUUGUGUCUACAAACGAACACGGUGGUAUGUGCUGUAGACUCAGGGGUGGGAGGAGCGCUGUAGGGCCUUCUGGAGAGCUCUCAAUGUGCGCUCUCCGCUUAUAUUCGUGCAGCGUUAUCCUCGUGAGGAGCGUCGAUUGUGUCGUGCCCAGUGUCGCCGGACUCGAAUCAGAAACCUGCUCUGUAGUAGCUCGUGCUAACGUCCUGAGAAACGCUGUAUUGGACAUUUUGAAACCUCAAAGAAAUAAGCGCCACAAAAGAGCGUGAAAAGUGGAGAGGACAUUGCAGUCCGGGAUCGUCAGAGCAUGCUGCAUGCGAACAGCGGCGCAAACCUCGCGGUUACUUCCGAGUUUCGUCUUUGCCGGUCAUGCUGUAAGACUGGUUCUGCAUCACCGGGAUGGACUUUCUCCCACCGGCUAAGGUUGAAGAUAAAAACUGGCUCGGCAGAACAGAGUAGAUCGGCACAGAAGUCUUCCUUUCUAUCAUGUGCACAGUGGGACAGCACCCGCGAGCCAGC